AUGGGGAGGCUGAGCUACAUCGCAGGUCCAAUGGUUGCAGUGAACUCAUCCAUGUACUUUCUCCAAGUCAUAUCGAUCAUGAUGGUUGGUCAUCUCGGUGAGCUUUACCUCUCAAGCACAGCCAUAGCCGUUUCUUUCUGCAGCGUCACUGGCUUCAGCCUCGUCUUUGGAUUGGCUAGUGCGUUGGAGACUCUAUGUGGUCAAGCCAACGGAGCUAAACAAUUUGAGAAGCUAGGAGAACAUACUUACACAGGGAUGUUAGCUCUGUUUCUUGUCUCUAUCCCUUUGUCUGUUCUGUGGAGUUACAUGGGUGAGAUACUCUCUUUCAUUGGUCAAGAUCCUCAGGUUUCUCAAGAAGCAGGGAAGUUUGCGACGUGGCUCAUACCAGCUCUCUUUGGUUACGCGACGAUGCAGCCUCUUGUUAAGUUUUUCCAAGCGCAGAGUUUGAUUCUGCCUUUGGUUAUGAGCUCAGUGUCUUCUAUCUGUUGCCAUGUUGUUCUCUGCUGGUGUUUGGUUUUCAAGUUUGGGCUUGGGAGUAUCGGUGCAGCUAUUGCGAUUAGUGUUUCUUACUGGUUUAACGUGGUUGUGCUUGGUUUGUACAUGACGUUUUCUUCCACGUGUAGCAAGAGCCGUGCGAAGAUCUCUAUGAGUGUGUUUGAAGGGAUGAGAGAGUUUUUCCAGUUUGGUGUCCCAUCUGCAUCUAUGAUUUGCCUGGAGUGGUGGUCAUUUGAGUUUCUUGUAAUGCUCUCUGGGAUCUUACCAAACCCGAAGUUAGAAGCUUCUGUUCUCUCAGUGUGUACAAGAGUUGCAAAUGAACUAGGAGCUGGAAACCCUAAAAAAGCUCGAAUGGCGGUGUACACAGUGAUGGUAAUGACAUGUGUAGAAUCAAUAAUGGUGGGUGCAACAGUCUUUGCUGCAAGAAACGUAUUUGGUUACCUAUUCAGCUCUGAAGCCGAAGUUGUGGAUUACGUGAGAUCAAUAGCUCCAUUGGUUUCUUUAUCAGUCAUAUUCGAUGCUCUUCACGCAGUUCUUUCAGGUGUGGCUAGAGGAUCAGGGAGGCAAGACAUUGGUGCAUAUGUAAACCUAGCUGCAUAUUAUCUCUUUGGGAUACCAACUGCUGUUAUAUUAGGUUUUAAGUAUAACAUGAGAGGAAAAGGACUCUGGAUUGGUAUUACAGUUGGGUCAUUUGUGCAAGCUGUUCUGCUUGGUCUUAUCGUCAUCCUCACUAACUGGAAACAACAGGCGAGAAAGGCAAGAGAAAGAGUGAUGGGUGAGGAGUUUGAAGAGGAGAAAGAUAAUGGCCAAGAGCGUGUAGAGCUGCUCAGCUAA